GCUUGAUGCCCGCUCCUCGGUCUCGUGCUGUCCGGCGCUGCUCCCCUCAGUGACUCUGAUGUCAAUGUGUCCGUCAGCACCUGCACCGGCCACAACAGUCUAACGGCAGGUCUGGCUGCUGCCUCCAGGUUGAAGGAGGCAGACUGUGAACAUACUCUCAGCCCUGCAGGCAACUGACCCUCCAGCAGUUCUACUAUAACUCCAAGACCACCAUCAUCCCAGAGAAUGGAUCCACACUCCAACAACGUGAGGCAGAAGACCUCCUGGGCCAGUCUACCUCAUGCUCCCUCUCUCUAGCUGCUGCUGAGGCUCAGUAUUCACAACGCCACCUCAUGGCUGGGUUUCAGCAUCUGUCUGUGAACUUCCUGACAAACGUUUGAUGAACCCGUCCGCCUGAAGGAGCAUUCAAAAGUCAAACCAAAGUGACCCAGGCUGCCCGACUGUGAGCAGUUAGUGCGUCUGCGGUUGAGUCUGUAAUCAUGGGGAAAGAACAGGAUCUGCUGGUGGCAGUGAAGAGCGGGGAUCUCCUGCUGGCUCACAAGCUUCUCUCCAAAGUCAAGUGCAACAAAACCAAGUUGCUGGGCUCGACCAAGAGGCUGAACAUCAACUACCAGGACUCAGACGGCUUCUCCGCCCUGCACCAUGCCGCUCUGACGGGAACCACGGAGCUGCUGUCCCUGCUGCUGGAGGCCCAGGCCACGGUGGACAUCAAGGACAUCAACGGCAUGCGUCCCCUCCACUAUGCAGCAUGGCAGGGUAAAGCCGACUCUGUCUUAUUGUUGCUAAGAGCCAACGCUUCAGUCAACUCCUCUUCCCAUGAUGGACAGAUACCGUUACAUCUCUCCGCUCAGUAUGGACAUUAUGAGGUGUCUGAGAUGUUGCUGCAGCAUCAGUCCAACCCCUGCAUGACGAACAAGGCGAAGAAGACUCCUCUAGAUCUGGCCUGUGAGUUUGGGAGACUGAAGGUGACUCAGUUGCUGCUGAGCAGUAACAUGGUGACGGCGCUGCUAGAAGGGGACGGAGGGCUCGACAGCCUCGACUCUCCAUCCACCACCCCCCUCCACCUGGCAGCCAGGAAUGGACACAAAGACAUCAUCAAGUUGCUGCUGAAAGCUGGUAUUGACAUCAACAGAUCCACCAAAGCGGGGACAUCUCUGCAUGAAGCUUCCCUCUAUGGCAAAACUGAAGUUGUGCGUCUGCUGCUUGAUGCUGGCAUCAACGUGAACAUGCGCAACACCUACAACCAGACAGCUCUGGACAUUGUCAACCAGUUCACCACUUCCACAGCCAGCAGGGAAAUCAAACAGCUGCUCAGAGAGGCAUCAAGUUCUCUACAGGUCAGGGCGGUGAAGGAUUACUGGAACCUCCACGACCCCACGGCUCUUAACCUCCGGGCUGGAGAGCUCAUUAUGGUCGUGGAGCAGCACGCAGACGGCCGGUGGAAAGGUCACGUCCAUGACACGCAGCGGGGGACGGACCGGGUGGGCUUCUUCCCGCCCUCAGUGGUGGAGGUCCUCAGCAGACGAGCAGGGGGCACUCUCUCCCGUCAAGCAUCACUGCCUUGCCACCGACAACACUUUGCGUCCAGAGCUCCGCCCUCAAGCCAUGGCUCCACCCCUCAGUCUGACGACUCAUUCACCCUUGGCUAUGAUCCAGCAGGUGUGCCACCUGGCAGUCCUGCUAGCCCCACUCAGGACAUUUGGGUCCUCAGGAGCUCCCCCACUGGUGACAGACACAGUGUCGGCAGUGCGGGCAGUGUGGGCAGCAGUCGCAGCGCCGGUAGUGGCCAAAGCUCGGAAAGCAGCCACAAACAGAACGGGACUCGCCACAACGCUGACACUGGCAAGCUGACUCCCUCUGCUGGUGAAUCAGGAGACCACAUCCACAUUGCAGGAGCAGAUCGCAGCAAACAGGCUGAUGGAUCCGCAGGUGGCUCCCGCCGGCAGGUCAAUGGCACUCCUCAGAAAGGCUUCGUACGACCAGAACACCUUCUGGAGGGCAAGGACUCUGAGGCCAUCUACCAGUGGUUGUGCGAGUUCCAGUUGGAGCACUACACAUCCAAUUUCAUCAGCUCAGGAUAUGAUGUGCCCACCAUCAGCAGGAUGACCCCAGAGGACCUGACAGCCAUCGGAGUGACCAAACCUGGCCACAGAAAGAAGAUCUCUACGGAGAUUGGAAAGCUCAGUAUCCCUGAGUGGCUGCCUGAUUACAUUCCUUCGGACCUGGGGGAGUGGCUGAGUGUUAUUGGACUUCCUCAAUACCAGAAGAGAUUGUGCGACAACGGCUAUGACUCCAUCACUAUUGUCAAAGACAUCACCUGGGAGGACCUGCAGGAGAUAGGCAUCACCAAACUAGGUCAUCAGAAGAAGCUCAUGUUGGCAGUGAAGAGACUUUCUGACCUUCAGCGCUCUCGUAACAAUGCUGACAGAACCGGAGGUGGCACUCUCAGACGGAAGCCCCCCGGCGCUCUGGAGCUGGUGGCUAUCGAACACCCUCCAAUGCACAACGUGCACGCUCACAUACGCUCUGAUGCCCCGUCUGACACCUGCUGCUCCUCCCCUCGCACCCCCAGGGCCCUCCUCUCCUUCCAGGACAGCGAGCUGAGCGCUGAGCUGCAGAGCGCCAUGAUGGGCAGGGCGGGUGGAGGAGCCGCAGAAGCAUUCGGCAUCAGGGGUGUGAGCUCCGCAGCAGCCAUGACGGCCAUGUCCGUGAGUCAGGAGAGCAUUAGUAUGCGGUCACGUGGCUCAGGGAAUUCUGGGAAUUCUGGGAAUUCUGGGCACUCUGGGCACUCUGGGCAUUCUGGGAAUUCUGGAACUUCUGGACAUUCUCAUGAGCACCAUACCACGCCGUCAUCAGCCAGAACAGCCAGUCGGUCUGAGGAGAGUCUGGAGAGUGGAGGAGGCGAGGAGGCCAAGCGAGGAGGAAGUAGUCCUGGAAGCAGAGGUAGACAGAGACCCACGGAGAUGUGGGAUCACCAGAGUCGGUCUGCGACUCCCAACAAACUCCCCUUCUCACCUCUCACACCUCCGCUGACCCCUAGCAAAAUGCCUCGCUUUGCCCACCCAGCUGUUCCACCCAAGACCAAACACGUCCAGUCUAACCGCCUCUAUCAGCCCCAGCACCAGCCGUCCUCCUCACCAUCCUCUCCAUCUCCACAGCCGUCCCCCACACAGAAGGCCUUCAGUUACCUGCAGGCUCUGGCAGGAGGCGUCAGCGCGGCUCCACAGGGCCUCUCAAAGCCUCUGCCUGGGGCCGUCCCCGUGCUGGGGCCCCGGCCUGGACAGGUCCAAGCUGAUGGCAUCCAGAGGGGCCCGCACAAGAAACGCGCCCAAAGCCUAACACGCUACGCCCUGUCCGAUGGCGAGCCAGAUGACGACGACGACCUUGCUCUGUCUAGCUCAACUGCUUCCUCUGUAGCCAUGCCUUCCUACGCCACAUUGUCCCGCAGGCCAGGACGCGGGCACACCAGCACUACGGGGGCCCAACGGCACAUCAACCGCAGCCAUUCUUUCGCCGUGCGCUCCCGACACAAAGGCCCGCCCCCGCCGCCACCGAAGAGGAUGAGCUCGGUAAGCGGCAGCCCACCGAGCCAACCAGGAAACUGGAAAGCGGUGGAGCCAGAGGUGAUGGGAGGCGUGGAGAUUGAGAGCGUUGGCAGCGUGAGGAGCAUCGCAGCCAGGCUAGAAGGAAGCAGCAGCGGCAGCAGCAGUCCAUCGAGGAGGAUAGACAUUCCACCGACCCACAUCCCCAUCACCCCUGUUUUCAGCCCUGUUUCCUCUCCGAUUCCUUCCCACAUCAUCCUACAGCACCCAAAACAUGUCCCCGCCUUGGGCCUAAGUGGCUUAAGGAGGACAGGAAGUGAGAGGGCAGAAGGAGACUCUGACAGACAAAGAAGCAGAACUACAGAGGGAACACCUGAAGAGAAAGAGAGAGACAGAAAUAGCGAUAGAAUAUCAAAGAGUGCUAAUGCGUCUCCAAAGCGCAGCUCAGGUGACCAUCUGCCUUUCGCUGAGGAGGGUAACCUGACCAUCAAACAGCGACCCAGGAUCGCACUUGUCCCCCAGGCAGACGCUGAUCUUAAGACUCCUCCUGAGGAUCCGCUCCACAGCCCAAACGGCCUGGAGGUCCCCGAGUUCAACCUGAAGGAGUCUGACACAGUGAAAAGACGGCACAAAAACAGAGACAAAGACGCAUCCACGCCAGAGGAGGCUUCCACUCCCAACAGAGGUGACCUGAGGACGCUGAGCGAUGAAGAACCUCCGAGAAGCAUUUUCCAGAGAGUUGGCUCCAUGGGAAAAGACCCGAAGCCUCCAGGUGACCUGAGGACGCUGAACGAUGAAGAACCUCCGAGAAGCAUUUUCCAGAGAGUUGGCUCCAUGGGAAAAGGCCCGAAGCCUCCAGGUGACCUGAGGACGCUGAGCGAUGAAGAACCUCCGAGAAGCGUUUUCCAGAGAGUUGGCUCCAUGGGAAAAGGCCCGACGCCUCCAGGUGACCUGAGGACGCUGAGCGAUGAAGAACCUCCGAGAAGCGUUUUCCAGAGAGUUGGCUCCAUGGGAAAAGGCCCGAAGCCUCCAGUGUUUUCUAAACCUUCCAGUCCUCUGAAACAAGCCGCUAACAGCAGACCAACCACCCCACUGACACCAGCCUCUCCACUACGAGCCAGCGCACAAACAGCCAGCGCACAAACAGCCAUUCCUAAACUAACCAGCAUACAGAUUCAUACAGUCUCACCGAAGCUGGGUGGCAGCAUACACACACACACCUGUAUACCCAGUUCUAAAGCUGGGAAACCUCCUCAGAUGAUGGGGUCCAAGCCUGAGAGUCCACAGAAAGCUGCUGGUGUGUGUGCAUCUCCUCUGAGACUCCCUCAGCACAGCACGGCCUCGCCAUCAUCAGCAGGAACGAACUUCAGUAUGGGCCAUAGUGUCGCGUUCGUCGCUCCAUCCUCCCCCUCGUACUCCGCCUCGGCACUACCGGGCCUGAUCGGGAGAGCAGGAGCGGCUCAGCCCGGCGUGGCCGGUCUGGAGCUGCUGGCUCAGAAGAGGCUGGAGCAGACCAGCACGUCACUGGAGGCUGCUCUCAAAGUGGUGGAGAACAAACUGGCACAGGGGAGCAGUGUGGAGAGCGGCAGUGGCACCGUGAAGGCAGCAGGAAAUAUCCUGGACGACAUCAGCAACAUGUUUGACGACCUGGCCGACCAGCUGGACGCCAUGUUGGAGUGACCUCACGGCCUCUUUCCUCAAAGGGAGAAAACAGAGGAAAAGAACAGAGACAGAGGAGCACAGAGCCGCUGCAGGACUCUGGAUGAAUCAUUAAAGUGCACAUGUGAGGAUCCUCUCCUCAGCAUCACACCCCCCUUUUUUUUUUUCUCAACGUGAGCACUUCGCCCGAGGACACACACCUGGGAAUGUUACUGGAGCGAAAACAGACAGUGGCUGCAGCAUCAGCCUCCGGACGUGUGUGUGUGUGUGUGUGUGUGUGUGUGUGUGUGUGUGUGUGUGUGUGUGUGUGUGUGUGUGUGUGUGUGUGUGUGUGUGUGUGUGUGUGUGUGUGUGUGUGUGUGUGUGUGUGUGUGUGUGUGUGUGUUCAGUACAUUAACACUAAAGGGAAUGAGGGUCCAUUUUAUUCACGUCACCUGUAAAUAUAUAGAUAAAUCUAUGGUGGCACUGUGUAUGUGUGUAGUCAGAUAUCUUUAUAUUGAAUAUAUUUAUACUUCUAUAUGUUUGUUUUUUUAACAAAUGGAGUUCCUAUUGACUGACCCAGUGUUUAAACCACUAGUGUAUAUUAGAAUUGUUGUAUACACUGGGUUCCAAAAGUUUCAGACCACUUUCCCAUUGUUGCUUAUUGUCAAUGAGAUGGGAAAAUUUCUUUAUUGUGGUAAAGGCAACAUAUUCCAUAUAUGUGUAUGUAGCAGAUAGGUUUUUACCAAAGUCUGGGAUCCUCUGCUGCCGGCACAUUAAGAUGUUUCUGUGUGAGGAAACUUCUUUAAAAGCUCUUCUUCUUCUUCGAGUGGUGAUUUAGGGUCUGUGGAAGCUCCGCCCACCUCCCCACAGCUCGCCUCAGGGUGCUGCGGAGUGAACUUACUGUAAAUGUGCUGUUUCCAAAGAAAGGGAGAGAUGCUCUCCAACACUUUCAGGGAAGGUCAACAUCCUGAACGAACAUGUUCACUAAUCACACAUGACUCAACACUGUGAGAGGAGGAGUGUCUAUAGAGGAGCUGAGUGUGCAGUGUGUCAUGUACCACCAGAAUAUGUAAAGUCCAUUUUUAUAUUUAAAAAAACCUAUUGUAAACAGAUGAAUUUAAACUGCAUUAAAGUGAGUCAUUAUCAAACUUAACAGUAAAUAUUGAUUUAGAAAAAAUGAUAUUUUUAUUUCCCUAGUCAAUCUUUAUUUAAAAUGGAGUAACAAAAUGUAUUUUAUAAAAUGAAAUGUACCUUUGUGUUUUUAUCAUUUUACUAAUGUGUCUGCCAAACUUAUUCCAGUGUCACUAUGCAUUAGUUUCUUGCUUUAACAUUUACAGUUUUUAUGUGAACUUAAACUUUAAACUAGAGUGUGUAACUUUCAUAAUGUUGAGAUGUUUUUGAGCGGGCUUUGCUCCUCUGACCAAUCACAGAAGGCUCAACGUAAGUGGUGAGGGUGGGGUCACAUAUACACAAGUGCUUUAAAGAGGUGACAGAUGACUCUUGAAGAUGCUCCUACAAAAUAAAAGUCCCAUUUUGGACUACACGUAAACUUGUGAACGUUAAAGCAGGAAACUUAAGAGUCUUAGAAUGAAUUAAAACGUCACUUAGACACAGAAUAGAGGUGGAAUCUAAUUGGCCUGAUGAAAUAAUGAUGCAAUAAUAACAGAAGCAGCUCUGUGACACAGGUUCUUCAGGUUUACUGAGGCCACGUCUAUCACAGAGAGUUGCUAUCUCUGCUUCCAUGUUGUUUCCUUUGCUUUCCUCCAUCGGUCCAUCUCCUCUUCAUCACGCUGACAGAGAAUCCACUGCUUGUCUGCGAACCCUCCUUCAUUCCUUCAUCUCUUUGCACUCCCUGAUUUACUUUCUUGUUUUAUAACCGCUCUCAUAAACCUCUCCCCCCCCCAACGUUUACCGUGAGAACAUGUAGCUGAACUGUAACAUUAUCAGGGAGUCGGAAUGUUUUCAAAGCAUUUCGACACCAAGACAUCGAAGUCUUAGCACUAUCUGUUCCUCUGUUCAGUUUUAAAGGAUGCCUGUUACUUUUACUGUUAAUAGUAUUAUUGAUAAAUAACACUGUAUCAUCCUGGAAGCCAUUAAAAGAGAGAAUUUGUACUGAG